AUGGGGGAGGGCGAGGGCAUGUGCUGUGAAUCUACAGGUGUCUACUUGGCAUCUACUGGUAUAUUUGCCAUACAGCUGGUCAAAGGCGGUAUACGGUGGGCCGGACCCUUGCCCCCAGAUGAAUGUUCCGGGCAGUGUUUGUGGCGCCAGCCCUCACCACCAGCGGGGCCAGCCCUCGCCACCUGCGGGGCCAGCCCUCACCACCUGUGGGGCCAGCCCUCACCACCUGUGGGGCCAGCCCUCACCACCAGCGGGGCCAGCCCUCGCCACCUGCGGGGCCAGCCCUCACCACCUGUGGGGCCAGCCCUCACCACCUGUGGGGCCAGCCCUCACCACCUGUGGGGCCAGCCCUCACCACCUGUGGGGCCAGCCCUCACCACCUGCGGGGCCAGCCCUCACCACCUGUGGGGCCAGCUCUCACCACCUGUGGGGCCAGCCCUCACCACCUGUGGGGCCAGCCCUCACCACCUGUGGGGCCAGCCCUCACCACCUGUGGGGCCAGCCCUCACCACCUGCGGGGCCAGCCCUCACCACCUGCGGGGCCAGCCCUCACCACCUGUGGGGCCAGCCCUCACCACCUGUGGGGCCAACCCUCACCACCUGCGGGGCCAGCCCUCACCACCUGCGGGGCCAGCCCUCGCCACCUGCGGGGCCAGCCCUCACCACCUGCGGGGCCAGCCCUCGCCACCUGCGGGGCCAGCCCUCACCACCUGCUGGGCCAGCCCUCGCCACCUGCGGGGCCAGCCCUCGCCACCUGCGGGGCCAGCCCUCGCCACCUGCGGGGCCAGCCCUCGCCACCUGCGGGGCCAGCCCUCGCCACCUGCGGGGCCAGCCCUCGCCACCUGCGGGGCCAGCCCUCGCCACCUGCGGGGCCAGCCCUCGCCACCUGCCGUGCCAGCCCUCGCCACCUGCCGGGCCAGCCCUCGCCACCUGCCGGGCCAGCCCUCGCCACCUGCCGGGCCAGCCCUCGCCACCUGCCGGGCCAGCCCUCGCCACCUGCCGGGCCAGCCCUCGCCACCUGCCGGGCUAGCCCUCGCCACCUGCGGGGCCAGCCCUCGCCACCUGCGGGGCCAGCCCUCGCCACCUGCCUAA